CCACACGUCGCGGCGCCGCAAACCCACACCUCGCGAGCUCGCCUGCAGCAGCGCCCACACCCGCCACCACACCAAGCAACAGCAACAGGACCCCGCCACCACCAUGCCUCGGCAGCGGGCAGGCGCGGGCGCACCAGCAGCAGCAGCAGGGGGCCAGCGCAGGCGUGGGCGCGGGCGCUGGGCGGCGGCAGCGCUCGUGCUGCUGGCGGCGGUCGCGGUGGCGGCGGCGUCCGCGGCACUGGAGGACGAGCUGCAGGCGCCUGGCGCAGGGCAAGGACGCGCAGCAGCAGCCGCAGCAGCAGGGCCGGCGGUGGGGCUGUGGCGGGGCCUGGCGCGGCUGCCGCGGCGGCUGCUGUCGCCCUCCGCCGCCAUCACUGCGGCGCUGUGGCGCUUGUGCCCCAGCAGUGUGGUCAGGUGCAGCAACACCAUCCAGUACGACGGCAGGUUUGCAACGCAAAAAGUGGUGAUUGCUGAGCCCGAAGCCGCUGCGCCCGCGGCGGAAGCGGCGGCCACGCCCGCGGCGGCCACUGGCGGCACUGCGCCCAUCAGCACGGCCACCGGCGGCGAGCUUGGCGCCUUCUACGACUACGAGUACGGCGGCGCACUCGCGGGCGGCGCCGGCCCCGUGAGCGGCGCGGCGCUGGGCCCCACGUCCACCCAGGCGCCCUUCGGAGGCGCCUCAAACUUGCCCACCAGCGGCGGCCUCGGGGGCGGCACACAGACCGUGGUGCCGGAGACCACAACACAGGGCGUGUUCGGCGGCGGCGGCAAUGUGGGGCGGGGCGUGGGCGGCAGCGCCGUGCCCACCGGCACCUCGGGCUAGUGCGGCACACGCGGCAGAUGACAGGCAGCAGCAGGCGGACAUGCACCCACACAAUCAGGCUGACUGGCUAGGUGUCGACCCUGUCCCCGCGUGUUUCCCUAAGCUAAUCGAGCGGCGCAGGGGCCGUUGCGGCGGGGUCCGUAUGCGGCUGUCUAGCUAGCAAGCCGCAACAACUAACCAGGGUGAAUGAGGACGAGGAAUUAGCGGCCGGGCGCUGCCAGGCGCCAGACGGCGGCCUGGCACCACGGCGGCCGGCGACCUGCGUCCGUACUGGUGUUGCCUUGUUAUGCUGCGGGCGGUGGCACUGGAGCGGUUUAGCCGGCCCAUGUGGCCUCUCACGUAGCUCCAAAACCAGUAGCUCAAAGGGUGUGGUCCAGGAGUAGCUCGAAGAUAGUGCGAAGGUAUCUCACUACCGAUGCGGCAUCUCUUGAGACGGGAUUGGGCGAGGUUGACUUGCACGUACGUAUUGCUCGCACAAGCCAGGCAGCGUUUGUGAAUGUAACACUGUGAGCCG